AACCCUUACUUUGAAAAUAAAGUUCUCUCCAAAGAAUUCCAUCUGAACCAGAGUGGGGAUCCUUCCUCAAAGUCCACUGAGAUCAAAUGGAAAUCCGGAAAGGACUUGACGAAGCGGUCAAGUCAAACACAGAACAAAGCCAGCAGGAAGUGGCAGCAGGAGGAGCCCAAGAGCUUCUUCACCUGGUUCACCGAGCACUCAGACACCGGCGCCAACGAGCUAGGCAAGGUCAUCAAGGACAUCUGGCCCAACCCGCUGCAGUACUACUUGGUUCCAGAUAUGGAUGAUGAGGAGGGGGAAGGAGAAGAAGAUGAUGACAAUGAUGAAGAAGAAGGAUUGGAAGACAUCGACGAGGAGGGAGAUGAGGAUGAAGGCAAGGAAGAUGAUGAUGAUGAUGAUGAAGGUGGAGAAGGAGAGGAGGAUGAAGGAGAAGAUGACUAAUAGAAAACACUGAUGGAUUCCAACCUUUCUUGUGUCUUUUUUUUUUUUAAUUUCUCCAGUCCCUGGGAGCAAGUUGCUGUCUUAUUUUUUCCCUCUUGUGCUCGCUCAGUCUCCCUGUUUUUGAGGUCUCUUCUCUACUCCAUGGUUAUCACCUUUAUUGUGGGUUAAUACCUGAUGCAGAAUACAGUGGGAAAAGAAUCUCUUGCCCCUUUCUGUUCCAAAUUUCAUUUUCACCCCAUCUUGUCUCCACAAACUGUUUGGAAUCAACACCACCGUUCUCUGUGGGAAAACCGAACCUCCUGCUCCCCUGGCUCAGCCAGGAGCUGGCGGCUGCUAGGCCCCUGUGUAGUCGUGCAUAGAAUUCUAGAUUUUCCCUCCUUUCUCUGUAUAUUGGGCUCAGAGAUUACUCUGUGUCUAUGUGAAUACGGACAGUUAGCAUUUGCCAACAUGUAUCUGUCUACUUUCUCUUGUUUAAAAAAAGAAAAAAACCUUAAAAAUGGGGUUCUAGAAGGUCAGUGAAGGGUGGGUUUGAGAUGUUUGGGUGGGUUCCGUGGGCAUUCUGACAACACGGCUUCUCCCUUGGCAUGUUUCAUUGUCAUGUUUAACAGACAUCCUUGCAGUCUAAGGUGACACUUUAAAAAAAAAAUAAACUUCUUUCCUAAUGAUGACUUGAGCCUGGCCACUCGAUGGGAGAAUCAGCAGAACCUGUAGGAUCUUAUUUGGAAUUGACAUUCUCUAUUGUAGUUUUGUUCCUGUUUAUUUUUAAAUUUUCUUUUUGUUCCACUGGAAAAGAAAAGACGCUCAGUUUUAAACGUUAAAAAGUGUACAAGUUGCUUUGUUACAAUAAAACUAAAUGUGUA